CGGGCUGGAGUCGACCCAACCGGAUCUGACCCGACCCAAAAUCGGCAUAGGAAAAGGAUAAGUGCUGCUUCUCUGGCGAGCUUCCUUGUCGAAAAUCCAUGGCGUCUGCGGCGUUUCCAUUGCCGUCAGCAAUAUCCGGCGUAAUUUGCAACAGACCUUUCCUUCGUUGCCCUAGCUUCUUUAUCAGAAAUUCAUGUUUGCGUCCGCGGCCGUUCGCAGGAGGCCGAGCUAGGGCUAACCGCUUCUUUUACCUCACCGCCUCCGCCAAGAAUAAGACGAGGUCGCUGCGGGUUCCACCGGAAACCCUACACCAAAACCUCUUUCCAAAACUGCUAAGCUUUUCUGCUUUCUAUCAAGGAUUGAAGAAGGCUGAAAGUGUGAUAGCUGCAAUUCUAAUUCUUUGUCAAAGCUCAUUUACAUUGCCUUUAAGUUCCUGGGACACAUUGUUUAUUUCUUCUGCAAAUGCGGUGCUUUUUUCACCCGACACCAAGGUUCCCCGAACAGGAGAGCUUGCUUUAAGAAGGGCGAUUCCUGCCAAUGCAAAUAUGAAAGCUAUACAAGACUCUUUGGAGGAUAUUUCAUACUUAUUAAGAAUCCCCCAGAGAAAACCUUACGGUACAAUGGAAGGUGAUGUGAAGAAAGCUUUAAAGAUUGCUAUGGAGCAAAAGGAAUCAAUCUUAGGUACCUUACCCGAGGAACUUAAGGAGAAGGGUUCCCUGUUGUAUACUUCUCUAACAGAUGGCAAGGGUGGAUUGAAAAAUCUAAUUGAUUUUAUUAAGGAGAACGACCCAGAUAAGAUUUCUAUAGUUCUGCAAUCAUCACUUGAUACUCUUGCCGAGCUAGAGCUAUUGCAGGCUCCAGGUUUGUCGUUUUUGUUACCCGAGCAGUACCAAAAAUAUCCAAGGCUUACUGGAAGAGGUGUUGUUAACUUGGUUGUUGAGAAAAGUGACGGCUCUACAUUCUUUCCUACAUCUGGGGGUGAACCAAAAAGUUUUGCUACAAUUCAGGUUGUUCUUGAUGGCUAUUCUGCUCCACUAACAGCAGGGAACUUUGCAAAAUUGGUAAUUGAUGGUGCCUAUGAUGGUGUGAGGCUGAAGUGUGCCAAUCAGGCUGUUCUCUCGGAUAAUGAGCUUGAGAACUAUGGUUAUAGUCUUCCACUAGAAUUAAAGCCUUCCGGAGAAUUCGAACCUUUAUAUAAGACAGCUCUUAGUAUCCAGGAUGGUGAACUGCCUGUGCUUCCUUUAUCUGUUUAUGGAGCAGUUGCAAUGGCACAUAAUACAGAUUCAGAGGAGUACUCAUCACCUUCACAGUUUUUCUUUUAUCUCUAUGACAAGAGAAAUGUAAGUAAAACUUCCAUUGUACUUAAGUUCAUUACUGUAUAA